AACCCAGCGUCUUGUCCCCCUUCUCCCCCUUUUCAUCAACACCCUGUGCCAGGGGAGAGGAAGUGGAGGGCGCUGGCCGGCCGUGGGGCAAUGCAACGGCCUCCCAGCACAGGGCUAUAAGAGGAGCCGGGCGGGCACGGAGGGGCAGAGACCCCGGAGCCCCAGCCCCACCAUGACCCUCGGCCGCCGACUCGCGUGUCUUUUCCUCGCCUGUGUCCUGCCGGCCUUGCUGCUGGGGGGCACCGCGCUGGCCUCGGAGAUUGUGGGGGGCCGGCGAGCGCGGCCCCACGCGUGGCCCUUCAUGGUGUCCCUGCAGCUGCGCGGAGGCCACUUCUGCGGCGCCACCCUGAUUGCACCCAACUUCGUCAUGUCGGCCGCGCACUGCGUGGCGAAUGUCAGAAACGUCCGCGCGGUGCGGGUGGUCCUGGGAGCCCAUAACCUCUCGCGGCGGGAGCCCACCCGGCAGGUGUUCGCCGUGCAGCGCAUCUUCGAAAACGGCUACGACCCCGUAAACUUGCUCAACGACAUCGUGAUUCUCCAGCUCAACGGGUCGGCCACCAUCAACGCCAACGUGCAGGUGGCCCAGCUGCCGGCUCAGGGACGCCACCUGGGCAACGGGGUGCAGUGCCUGGCCAUGGGCUGGGGCCUUCUGGGCAGGAACCGUGGGAUCGCCAGCGUCCUGCAGGAGCUCAACGUGACGGUGGUGACGUCCCUCUGCCGUCGCAGCAACGUCUGCACUCUCGUGAGGGGCCGGCGGGCCGGCGUCUGUUUCGGGGACUCCGGCAGCCCCUUGGUCUGCAACGGGCUAAUCCACGGAAUUGCCUCCUUCGUCCGGGGAGGCUGCGCCUCAGGGCUCUACCCCGACGCCUUUGCCCCGGUGGCACAGUUUGUAAACUGGAUCAACUCUAUCAUCCAACGCUCCGAGGACAACCCCUGUCCCCACCCCCGGGACCCGGACCCGGCCAGCAGGACCCACUGAGAAGGGCUGCCCGGGUCACCUCAGCUGCCCACACCCACACUCUCCAGCAUUUGGCACAAUAAACAUUCCUCUGUUUUGUAGAA